GUUUGCAGUUCACCCUAAUUGAGUGACCUCAGCUGGCUCCUACGGGCAGCACCGUCACAUCCUCCUCCUCGGGCUGCUCAGCCUCCCUGGCCCACUGCCCAGGAUUCCCCAGCAGCUGCCUGCAGCUCACAGAACCGAGCCCCUGGAGAUGAUCUGGAAAAGGCUUAACAAUGAAAUGGUGAGUCCAGGCUCUUCUAGUGCUCUGAGGUGGCAAAGACCUCAGACUCUUGUCCUUGCCCUGGGGGUCACGCCCCUGGGGUCGCACCCUGGCUCCUCGCUGUCAAACACAGGGUGCCCAUUGGCUUCCAUGGGACACAGAUGGAACUGCUGAAGGUUUAGCUGAGUGAGGACAGGAUCCAGCCCACUAUGGACGAACCAGACCGUGCCCUUUGUGACCAGGGCCCAGUCGCAGGGGGAAAGAGUCGUUCACAAGACUUGGCUUGGAGACGUUCACUAAGCGAUGGGGCUUCUCCCCCAGGCACAUUUAAGGCCACAUUGCCUUGCGUUAUCUGCCUCCUGAGAGCAGCCAGUCUGCACCGAGCCACAGCGGGAAAUGAAACCGACCGGGGAGACAGAAAAACAAAAGCAGGGCGUGCCAGGGCAAAGAGCCAGCUGGAGCUGCUGUGCAGCGACGGGGCCCUGCAAACGCCUGCAGCCGGGGCCACACUGACACUGCCCUCCCCACUGCCCCUGCUGUAGCCAGAGGCUGCAGCCCAGGCUCCCCUAAGGGCUCUAAAGCAGCGUGGAUCCAGGCUAGGCUGGCGCCAAUGGCUCUGGAUCUUUACCAGAUGCCGGCUCGGAAGCUGGAUAAGUUCAUUUUCGAUGCUCUGCAGCCCGACAGCACGUUCCUGCGCCAGGCUGGCCAAGCCAUCGACACGAUCUGUGAGUUCCUGAAAAAAAACUGCUUCGCCGACUGCCCUCCGCCCCGCAUCAAGGUGCUGAAGGUUGUGAAGGGUGGGUCCUUGGGCAAAGGCACGUCCCUGAAAGACAGUUCCGAUGCCGACCUCGUGGUGUUCCUCAGCUGCUUCAAAGGGUACGGCGAUCAGGAGACGAACCGGGCAGGGAUCAUCAAGGAGAUCGAGAGGAUGCUGGAGAAGUGCCAGCAGGAGAAGCACUUUGAGGUGUUCAUUGAGCAGUCCCGGUGGCCGAACCCUCGUGUGCUGAGCUUCAAGAUGAGUUCUGAGACGCUCGAUGAAUCCAUAGAGUUCGACGUCCUGCCAGCUUACAACGCCCUGUCCUCGGGUGCCAAGCCUAUGUCCCAGGUGUACGAGGAGUUGAUCCAGAGCUGCUCCCGGGGGGGUGAGUUCUCCACCUGCUUCACCGAGCUGCAGCGGGAUUUCGUGGUGGAUCGCCGCACCAAAGUGAAAAGCCUGAUCCGCCUGGUGAAAUACUGGUACAAGCAGCAUGUCCGUCCAUAUAAAAAGUACCUAGGAGAGGGGGAGUCCCUGCCCCCCCAGUACGCGCUGGAGCUCCUGUCUGUCUACGCCUGGGAGCAGGGCAGCAGGGAUCGGGCCUUCAACAUGGCUGAGGGCUUCCGGACGGUGCUGGAGCUGAUUCAGCAGUACAAGCAUCUCUGUGUCUAUUGGACCAUCAACUACAACUUUGCGGAUGAGGUCCUGGCAGGGUUCCUGCACCAUCAGCUCCAGAAAGCCAGGCCCAUCAUUCUGGACCCAGCGGAUCCGACAGGGAUCGUGGGGGAGGGGAGCCGCUGGGACCUGUUGGCACAAGAGGCUGAGUGCUGCUGUCGCCAGCAAUGCUGCAUGGACCUCUAUGGCGUUCCUGUGCAGCCCUGGGACGUGCCGCCUGAGCAAACCUUCACAGGGAGCAGGGGCUUUGAGAUCCACACCGGAGCACAAGAACAUCCAGUCUCAGAACCUCAGCCUGAGCCAGCCUGCACCAGUAACCAAGCCAUGGCCAUCCAGCAGCCGUCCCUCUGCACCAUCCUCCCCAUCAUUCGGGACCUGGCGGAUCUGACGGGGAUCAUGGGGGAGGGGAGCAGCUGGGACCUAGUUGCACGGGCGCGCUGCUGUGGCCAGCAAUGCUGCCGGAAGCCCGCUGGAUCCGUGCUCCAGCCCUGGCCUGCAAUGGCAGCCUCUCUUGUUGUCUCCUCACCACCACCAGUCAUGGGGCUCUACCAGACGCUAGCUGAGGAACUCGAUACGUUCAUCAGCAAUGACCUGCAGCCCAACAGAGUUUUCAAGACCCAGAUCAGCACAGCCAUUCACACCAUCUUCCUAUUUCUGACCCAAAACUGCUUCAGAAACUCCGGCUCUGCAAUGCGGGUGCUGAAGGUGGUUAAGGCCGGCUCGUCGGGGAAGGGCAUGGCCCUGAAAGACGUCUCCGAUGUGGACCUCGUCGUGUUUGUCAGCUCGAUUACAGAUUUCCGGGCCCUGAAAGCAGAACGGAAAAAAAUCAUUGCUGAAAUCCAGACAAGGCUGGAGGAGUGCAGAGCAUCCCUAGGAAAAGACCUAGUGCUGAGCAUUAAGAAAACAAAGUGGGAGAACCCCCGUGUGCUCACUUUUACCCUAACAUCUAGUACCACGGAUGAACAUAUUGAUUUUGACGUGCUGCCGGCUUUCGACGCUCUAGGCCAGCUGUACAGAGGCUAUAAACCCGACCCCCAGGUGUACCUCAGGCUGACAGAGAGCGAUCCCGAAGGGAGCGAGUUCUCCCCCUGCUUCACCGAGCUGCAGAGGAAUUUCAUCAUGGCUCCCACCAAACUCAAGAGUCUGAUCCGCCUGGUGAAACGCUGGUACAAACUGAAGCUGGGGAAGGGGGAGUCCCUGCCCCCCCAGUACGCGCUGGAGCUCCUGUCUGUCUAUGCCUGGGAGCAGGGCAGCAGGGAUCCAGCCUUCAACAUGGCCGAGGGCUUCCGGAUGGUGCUGGAGCUGAUCCGGCAGCACGCCCAGCUCUGUGUCUACUGGGCCAUCAACUACGGCUUUGAGAAUGAAACCCUGAGACGGUACCUGAAGUCUCAGCUCUGCAAACCCAGGCCCAUCAUCCUGGACCCGGCGGAUCCAACGGGCAUCGUGGGGCAGGGGAGCCGCUGGGACCUGGUUGCACAGGAGGCUAAGCACUGCUGUGGCCAGCAGUGCUGCUGGAAGCGCAAUGGAUCCGCGAUUCAGCCCUGGAAUGUGCCGCUGCAGCAGCCACGGAUUGCAGAGGAAAGUGACUUCGUCCUGCAUUCUCGGACUACGGGUGAAGAAUACCCCAUCACUGAGAACCGGAUGUUUGCGACUGGCGGCCACGCUGCAGAGCAGGAAUCCUACUGCACUCUCCUCUGACAGCUGCCUCUCAGUGCACCACCCCAUCAGGAGCCCUCCCUGGAGCAGGGUGGGCAUUAGGGUGGGGGUCUCUCCCUGCUCUGUAACUUCCAUUCCGAAAAUGGCCCCUGGGUCCAGUUGAGGACCAGCCCUGGUGGGACAUGACCAAUCAGCUCGUGCUCUGUGCUCCCCCAGCUCCCUUCCCCAUUCCUGCUCUCUCUGGGGCUUGGCUGCAGUGACAGCCAGAGCCCCCGUCUAGACCCCUGCAUCCCUCCUCCCCCAGUAACAGCAGGCAGCACCCCCCAGGCCACCCCCUCCUGAGUGCGAUGGAGAGCACAGCGGGAGCCGGGCCUAUAAUAAUGAUCCCCUGUUGUGAGCACCAGGCUCUGUCUCCAGCCAAGGGAUCCCCUGCUUGUGACCUUGGUUAUUGCCUUGGCUGCCUGCUCGGAGCUUGGCAACCCUCUCUAUCUGGCACUGGCGGAGAGGAGCAAAGUCUCCUGGGUGGCACUGGCGCUGCUCCAGCGGGGCCAGGCAUGGAGGGGACGUCAAGGGGUUCAGAGCCCUGGGGAUGUGGAUGGCUCAGGAAGGGAACACGGCUCACGUUUGCUCCUUGACACUCUGCACCAAAGUGGUGGUGCACACACGAGACUGGCAGCCAUAGCUGCCCCCUGCCUUCUGCUCCUCUCCCAGCAUGCACCCUGGAGCCUCACUUCUCCUUCCCCCCACCUCUGGUGCAGGGGACCCGGGAAAGGGUGGGGCGGAAUUGCUCUUACUGGCUCUGAGUGAUGGGCACCGUGAUGUCCGAGUGUUUCCCUUGCCAGCCUCAGGGGACUGGUUCCAGGGGGUGUCAAGCUGUGAUGUGGUUUCUCCUGCCUGGGGGUACUUGCCCUUCCUGUUGCUUGCUGAGAUAUGUGCCCUUUGGGGGUAUGUUUGAAGAGUGUCUGGUGGGGAACCACACACCCAAUGGGGCAAAUCGCCCUUGAGUGAAACAUGGGGUUUGAACAUUGGCCUGCUAAACCCAGGGUUGUGAGUUCAAUCCUUGAGGGGGCCA